GAAUGCCGAGGUCUACGAUGCGGGGCCAAUGGCUAUGAGAUCUCUAUGUCGUUCUAACUUGCAAGUUUCAACAAGUCUUCACUCAAUAGCCGAGAUCGAACCUUUUUUGAACCGCUAUUACCGAAGGUUCUCCAUAUCUAUCAGAAAUACUCGACCAACAACAAUUGGCGACAUCACAGCCGCAAUCAUGCCUCGAGCUCUCACCCUACAGCAAAUCGAAGGCGCAAAGCCUGGAAAGGUCUAUUAUCCACUUCAAGUAAAGCAAGUUCCAAGGCCAACUCCAGGUCCAAAUGAGGUCCUUGUCAACCUCUCCGCGGCGGCACUCAACCACCGUGAUCUUUUUAUGCGCCGUCAUCUCUACCCAGCCAUUUCCUUCACCAACCCAAUUCUAGCAGAUGGCUAUGGCACUGUGGUCGCCUUAGGAAGCAAUGUCACCCGUAAGAACCUCCUCAACAAGCCGGUCAUUCUCACUCCCAUGCGUGGCUGGGAAUCAGACCCUGCCGCUCCAGAGGAUAGUCGCAAGUUUGCUGUCACAGGUGGUUCCAAACUCACCGAGGUCGGUACCGCUCAGGACUACAUCGUAGUCUCAGAGGAAGAAGUUGAGCCUGCUCCUGAACACCUCACACCCGCUGAGGGAGCAGCUCUACCUCUUGUUGGUGUCACGGGUUGGCGCGCUCUUGUUACAAAGAGCAAUGCUGCUUUCUCUGGCUCAAACAUUCUUAUCACAGGCAUUGGUGGCGGUGUCGCGCUCCAGGUCCUUCAGUUCGGUGUAGCAAUGGGUUGCAAUGUAUUCGUCACAUCCGGCGACGAAGCUAAGAUCACAAAGGCCAAGGAGAUGGGCGCCAAAGGUGGAGUCAUUUACAAGAACGAAGCCUGGGACAAGGAGCUUCGAGCACAGCUACCAGCCGAUAGGCCAUAUCUCGAUGCUGUAAUCGAUGGUGCAGGCGGUGAAAUCGUGGGCAAGACUGUACGACUACUCAAGGCUGGCGGUGUAAUUGUGCAGUACGGCAUGACCGUGUCUCCCAAGAUGGACUGGCUGAUGGCCGCGAAUCUGCAGAAUAUCGAGCUCAAGGGUUCAACGAUGGGCUCCCGCAAGGAGUUUCGGGAUAUGGUAACCUUUGUUAACGAGAAGAAGAUUCGACCCGUCAUCAGCAGAACGAUCAAGGGGCUCGAUAAUCUUCAAGGGAUUGAUGACCUGUUCAAAGACAUGGAUCAGGGGAAGCAGUUUGGUAAGCUAGUAAUCGAGUGGGAUUCAGGAAGUGAGUCGCCCUCAAAGCUCUAGAUAUUAUAAUCAACAAGGCAUAUACAAAGCCUCUUCACCAACGUAGAAUCAGAAAUUGAAAGCACAUUUUUCUUAGCUAUUAAUCCUUAAACAGAGACAUGAAGAACGCCGAGAUUUUCAGGGUAUCAUACACCUCGAGAGCUUGUACAUGAGAUUGAAACAACUCACACC